AUGUUGGACGAGCUAGACAACGUGUUUGAUGACCAUCCAUCCUUGGAUGCGUCGCUAGAAGAUUUUGAGAAUGCCAGCAACUCUCAUCGAUCGCCCGUCUUCGGCCUUCCGUCCCAACACUCUGGCUUUCGUUCCGAGGAUUCCGAGGACGAGGACGCGACACCGCAGGCCGAGCGCUGGUCGCCUCCGGGAUUUCGUCGGUAUGACUACGUCCAAGGCAGUGGGUGGUAUCGCCAUCAACCGUAUUCGCGCGCGAUCGACCAUGAACGUCUGGGGUUGAAGCCGACGGUGGAGCUGAGCCCGUCGCAAUCGCGCGAACCGAGUCCUCAAUAUGAAGAUGCGCUCGAGGGCACGACGGCGGUGCAACGAAGCACGUCGGCAGACACGGGGGUGGCGACCAUCGCAGCCAAUGUGCCGCUGCCUCGCGACACGGAUUCGCCGCUCAAAGGACGGUCCCCCAGCCCGGGCCCGCCGGCGCCGACUUCUAGGACCAGCCCUAAUCCGGACGGACUGGACUUCCAGUCAGAGAAUAACAUAAGCAAUUAUAUCCGCUUUGCCGUGCGCGCAGAAGUUCAACAGCGCGAACCGUUUGUCGCAUUCUAUAAGUAUGCUCGAUCGUGGCUCGACUGGAUGACCAGCUCCAAGUCGAAUACCACCGUAUCCUUUGUGGUCGGAGUGUUCUCCAUCAUGUUCUUCCGCGCCCUGUUCAUACCCCAUGAUCCGCAUGCGAUUCCCGACCUCGUGAAGCUAUCCAACUUCGCGCGGUCGUUUGAACCGCUGAUCUACUAUUCGGAGAACGGGGUCCAGCAGAUUGGUACGCUGCAGGAAACGGGCGUCGCCGUUUGGGAUCUCAGUGAAUCCGUGCGCAGUACCAACAUGACGAGCGCUCCGAUCAUCGUAGACCAGCUGGAUGAGUUGUCGGAGUCGUUGAAGGGACUCUCGAUGGAACUGACGCGCUUCUUUGCCAACGUGGAUUCCGACGUCGAUUCCAUCUUGAUCGUCAUGGACUGGGCCAAGCGGGAACUGGAAACCAUCUCAUCUCAACCACCGAGUGGGCUGCCGACCAUUGUCUUUGAUAACGUGCACGAGAUGCUCUCGCGACUCAGUCCGCUCGAGCAAGUUGCGGCGCCCAGUGGCGACGGUGGGGGAGACUUGACCACCUCUCCCACAACUUUUGGGCAUGUAGUCGGCGCUCUCUUUGGUCAAACUUCUAAUCAGCGCACGCGCGCCGCCCUCUCGCGCACUUUCACCGAAUUCCUCUCCGUGCUGGAAGAGUCGAUCAAUAGCGAACUGACCCACUCGGCGUCCCUCUUUCUGCUCUUCGAGUCCAUUGACCGCCAGUUCCUCAACCUUCAACGCACGGUGGUGCGUGAGUCGGACGCCCAGGAGCGAGCGGAGGGCGAGAUGCUCAGCUCCCUUUGGACCCGGGUGUUGGGGCCCAAUGCCGCGGUUGUGCGCAAAUACGAGAAGAACAAGCGACUUCUCGCCAGCGUCCGCAGUCGCACAGUCGCCAACAAACAUCUACUGAUGGACCACCGCGGCCGCUUGAUGUCCCUCAAGAUCAACCUGGAGACGCUGCGGCGCAAGCUCGUCAGUCCCCUUGUCCGGCCGAAUGAUUCCUCGAACUUCCUCGGCGCCGGCGAUACGGGCAACGGCCGGAGUAACGGUCGAAUGCUGGGACCGGUCGAAGCUGUGAUUGAUGGGCAAAUCCGUGGACUCGAGGGUAGUUACGAUUACCUACGAUCUGUCCGGGAGAAGCAAAAGGCCAAGUUGUUGGAGAUGGUGUACGGAUCGGGUCGCCGGCUGCAUAACUCCCUGCUAGGAGACAAAACGGACGACGCAGAGACAGACGCGAUUGACGGAGUUUGA